AUGGCACGAAGGCGAGAUACAGACUUCUCUAGUCAUUCCGCUAGCACUCGGGAUACCAGGCAAAGCAGCGACUCAUAUGACUCAAGGAGUACUGCCCCUACGUCUCUCUAUGACAGCCCCGCGUCAACUAAGGACUCGAGUUCCCAAGCUCGUAAAUUCCAGCCAGAAUGCUACUACGAGGAGGAUCUUUCGCCGGCUACGAGUUUAUACCCGCGGUCGUCGGUUGACACAUACUCGUCGCAAGCUUCAAGUGCUAACUUUUCGGACGAUUCGGAUACGGAUGAGUACCCCGAAUUUACGGACAUACCUGACUUGCCCCCCUACCGACACGAUAUCGAGGAGUUCAAUGUUAGAGCUUCAACCCCCGAGGAAUUCGCCAAUGCAUUUCCGUCCCUGAAUCGAUUAACUAUUCGCCACGAUGAUUUUACGUCGGAUGGGAACAUGAACCUAAGGGUGGACACCACUCUUCCGGGCAGGCGAAAGAAGACGCUCCAGCUGUUUCACCUGCGCAUGUACGACCUGAACAAGCGAGAGUUUUCUCUGAGACGGUAUAGCCGAGAUUCUGGCCGCGAAGUAUGCAACUCGAAACGAAAAUACGUCGAGCCGCCCUGUACAGCCCGCCCUAAUUUGCAGCGAUCGAUGUCAACGGCGGUGAAGACAUUAACCAAGCGACCGCAAAUCAUGCGCAUUCCUACUGGUGCCUCCGUCUUCUCAUCGAGGAGCAGACCAGGUACGAGCCACUCUGGUGCCUCGACCGAUGACGACUGUACCGAAGCUGUCGCCAGUCCUAUUCCUAUCGACAAGAAGCAGAAGGCCCGCCCAACACCCACGAAUACGAUCAAACUCGAGUUCUCUAAUUAUGCGCGUGUUGAUGUUGUAAGGCGCGGGAAGAAGAAUGCGAAGUACGAGUUCGAAUGGUGGGGCCACACGUACUCGUGGAAGAGAGUAGUGGACAAGCUCACGGGCUGCGUCUCAUAUCAUCUAUUACGAGAUGGCCACAAUCACUCGCCCGUAGCGCAUAUCGUCCCCGAAACUCGAUCACCGAUCCAGGUUGCCGCUGAUGAAGCUGCUGGUGGCUGGGUGCCGCCUUGUCACAUGUGGAUUAGUGACGACAGUUUAAUCGAGGCUAUGACCGAUGUUGCUGACAUCGUCGUUGCAACUGGCAUCAUGGCGCUUGUCGAUGACUGCAUCGUGGAGCGUUGGCAAACAAAGAAGAGCCCUCGCACCGUAUUCCCGCUCUUAUCUAGAUCCCUAGAUGUCAGCCCUAAGUUUCUUGUACAACAAAUGUUUACCCGUAGGAAUUCGGAUCAUCAUCCGAGUCCAUUACGCUUUCACAAGGCCGUCCCGGCUUACUGA